AUGGACAGCUCCUCGACGCCGCUCGCCGACUACUUUUGGAUCGCCGGCGUAGAGUCCGUCUCCUAUCAGGACUCUACCCCGCAGCCCCCCUCCAACAACGUCGAGUCUACCAUCGCCGAGGACAGCGAGUAUGAGGAGAGCGAUAACGAGUUCAACGCCACCCCGAGCAAGCGCGUGGCUCGACAUUCCAGCGUCGGUCGCCAUUCCAGGCAGAAUUCAGGUGGAGGUGGCCGCGCGGCCAAUGGUCGCUUUUCCAUCCAGACCGUCGAAGAGGUAGAUGGCAACACGCGAAGCAACCGGAGCAGUGCUACCAUUCGACCUUCCCAGGCGAACCAGAUCAAUGGCACCGGCACCGGCGCCGGCCUCAAUGUCUUCAAUGGCCUUCCCCCAGGCCUCAAUGGCGAAGGCCCUUUCAUCGAAGGAUUCGACUUUGACAAGGCUUUGCUCAAGUUCGCUUCAGAACGAGAGAACUUCUUGGAAGACUUAUCCUUCAGUGCCGGUGCCAAAACACAAGCCCGUGCUCCCAUGGUCAACCCCAGAGCUGAGCGCAUCAAGGCCGAUGAGGCCGACGCGAGCGGCCGGAGGAGUCCUCUACGCAGCAUCGAGCGGAGCAUCAAGGGCAGCAUCCGCCGCAAGAUGAGUUUCAGGGACAUGAACAGCAUGCGCAAGCAACCUACCACUCCUAGAGCAAGCACGCCAGGAGCCGGUACAAUCCCCCGACAAGGUCCACCCUCCUCUGUAGCGCAAUCCUCAAGUCCUUUCCGGUCAACUAACACGCUAGCUCCAGCUUCAAUUAGGACUGCCAAGCGACUCAGCAACUAUAACUCGGUCAUUCCUCCCCCGGAACCCCUGAACACGGAUCCAGACAUGCAUCCCCUCAAGAGACGAUUCGAGCCUGUCUUGCUGGACAGGUAUCCAGCCAAAGAUGCGACAGACGAGAUCGCCCGUCGUGGGAGGUUCCCAGACUACGUACCCAUGUUUGCUUUCCCGAACGAUAUUCAGAUCGUGUCUUCCGAUGACAGACCACGUUCCACCUGGCAUGGUUUCACAAUGACUUCGGACGAUAACUCCAAGAUAUAUGGUAUUACCAUCAUCAUCUGGCUUGCCCUGACGGCCGAGGUUGCAGACGAGGUGGAGAAGAAAUGUGAGCAGUGGCGGCAGAGCCACAUGUCCAACGAGGAGCGCGAGUUGGCAGCCAGCCUGGGAGUGCGACUCGCGGCUGAGCGUGCGCACCUCUCCCAGCUGCUUGCAAAGCUACCUACGAUUCCCUCAGGGUCUUCCGCCCGUGACUCUCUGGAUGACCAGAUCAGCGCUGUUGAGGAGAAGAUUAGUCUCAUGACAGAAAUGCUGAGACCACUUCGGCACGGUGCUGCAUCCAAGAUCGACGGCUUGACGGCUGGCGAGAGUGGACUUUGGGCCCCAAGAGCCUACGGCAUCUUGGGAAGAGACGCCACGAGAAUGUCGUUCUGGAAGGAAUGGCUGCGAGCCAUUGUAGUGCCCAUGACCGACAGCGCAGUCCUCCGAGUGCCACCCAGCUCCCCCAAGGUUGGUCGUUGGCAGCCUCUUGAGCGUUAUAUCGUCAAUCUUUGCACCGAGGCUUUCAGUCCGCUGGCAUCCAAGACGCAGGUCGAGCUGGGCGUGCGAGAGCUGCGACUAUAUUGUCGAAAAGAGGCCAUCAACGAGAUCCCAGGGGCCCGGACUAUUGACAUUUACGCUCUCUUCAGGUGUUUAUCAAUGGAGAACAUUGUUGCUUUGUUCGAGUAUGCAAUGUCGGAGUCUCGCAUCAUCUUCCUCUCCUCCCACACUGGCAUGCUUCACCUAGCAUGCCACGCACUGGUCAAUCUGUUGUAUCCCCUUAAAUGGGCGAGCAUCUUUAUUCCGGUGCUCCCUGCGCGUCUGAUUUCGGCACUUGAGGCGCCUUGCCCUUAUAUCGUCGGCAUCGAGCGGCGAUAUGAGAAAAUUGAGCUUCCUGAGGAUGACUACGUCCUGGUUGAUUUGGACCUUGAUACGAUCGACGCCACCAACCAGCCCGUUCGCCUUCCGCGGCAGCAUCGUCGUAAGCUCAUUUCCUUACUUCAUGUGGCCGCGCCGCACCACAUUCGGUACGGAGUGACUACUGGUCCCCCUCCAUAUGCAAUGGAGUCGUACCCGUAUGACGCCUUUUCAGUCGAGAACGAUACGCUGUACAAUGCCAGUGUCGCCUCGAGCUCCUUGGGCAAGUGGGUUACACAAAACUCUUCGUCUUUCGGAGAGCCGGCACCUCCGAACUCGGUGCGACCACCAAUCUUUAAUGCUUUCUUGCAUUCCAAGGCUGGCGAUCACAAGGACCGGCCAAACACCAGCAAGUCCGGUAAAACCAGCCCGCAGUCUUCCAUCUCACCAGUUUCAAUGAACUUCCCACCCAUGCCGACUACACCUGUGUCACGCAGCGACUCCGGUUUCGCACAGACUCUGCGAGAAAAGAAGUCGGGCCACUUUGAUGAGAAGUCUCGGCGCAGCUCGUCUUUUGGUAUGGACAAGCACCCGCCUCUUCAUCGACCAAGCUUGCCCUUCCUCAGCGGUCACAAUCCCAGCAUGUCGGUAUCCGCCAUCUCGGUCGAUUCGCAGUCUUCGUACAAUGGGUACACGCCCGGAUAUGCUCCUUCCACGUAUGCUCAGUCUACCCUGGCGGCAUCAACCAUUAUGCCCAACAUGCUGAUUCAGCCCGUACGGAAUACCGACACGAUGGUGUGGGUCGAGGGUCAUUGCUUCAACUGGAUGGCCCAUGACUUGUCCUCGACAUGUUCCGUUUGCGACGACAAGUCAGAAGGAGACGGCAUCUACGAGUGUUCUCACUGCAACGCUCGCUCCCACAACCGCUGCCUGGGACAGGUCUCUGUGGUAUGCAGCGAAGCAUUCCACCCUGAUCGAGUUCGAGCUGCUUUCGUCCGAUGCCUUGCUAGUCUUUUGUACACGUACAGAAAGCAUCUGGGCCGUCCUACUCGUGAGCAAAAGAACAACGGUCAGCUCUACAAUUUCGACAUGAACAGCUUCAUUAAGAGUCUUCCAUACGAUCAACAAGAGUAUGCCACAAUGUUGAGAGAAACUCAGGCUUUCAACGAGUUCAUUCACGAGCGAGAGACACACUCGGCAACGCACGAGUCGAUCCGUCUCUUUGACGAGAUUAUCAUGGCCAAGAAGGCUCGCGGACGGCCGGGACUCUCGACGGGAUUCUCUCGUCUGUCGACCAUUCGUAUGUCGCACGGCGCAUCAAGCAACGCUUCAGGGUUUUCUGCGCCAUCCAAGCUCAAGAUUCCGACGUAUCUGGGCGAUACUUCGGACCACAUGUGGCGGACGGCUUCGGUGCCUGCUCCCAGUGCCAAGUUCCCGGGCGAGUACCGAACCGUCGUCACUCGGAUUCCUACAAAGCUGGAUCCCAGUCUGAUGAGAGAGCCUCGAGCGAUCCAGGGCGUUCCUCGCGCCGAGCAACGGACGCGCGGUUUCAUGAGAAAGCAAGUACCCAGCAUGGUUGGCAGUCCACCAAACUGA